AUGUUCGCUGUUCCAGGAUGGUCAGUCGAGAACUCGGCUCUAAAGAAAGAGACCGAUCCGUCUGUGCAGUCUAAAGACCAGCCAAAGAAGGACUCGCAAGGAAAGAACAACAAGCGCAAGCGUAAUGACCAUGUUACAUCAGGCAAUGUCGGGGAUAUGUACCGCAAGCACAUCGAGGGCCAUAAACCUAAGCCCGCAAAGCGUACAAAGCCCGAGAAGAAGAAAGAAGAGGGCGAGCUGAACGAGAAGAAUGCCAAAGAGAAGUCAUCGCCCACAGACGACACUGCCCAGCCUAUUCAAGAAGAAGAGAAGGCCCCCAAGAAGAGACAAAGAAAGAACAAGAAGAACAAGGAACAGGAGAAUCAAUCCGAUGAGACCCAGGCUCCUGCAUUGACUGACCCUUCCACCUCCUCCAUGGCUGCUGUGGCAUCUGCACCACCAACCACCUCCGCAACACUUACCCCUCUACAACAGGCAAUGCGCCAAAAGCUCAUUUCCUCCCGAUUCCGCCAUCUGAACGAAACCCUGUACACCACAGAUUCAUCCAAGGCCGUUGAGCUUUUCAACAACAACCCCGAACUCUUCUCUGAGUACCAUGCCGGUUUCUCGCGCCAAGUGAAGGAAUCAUGGCCCUCAAACCCGGUCGAUGGCUACGUCAAGGCCGUCCGCACCCGCGCUGCUGUCCCCACUCCCAAGCGAGGAAUGAAGCCAGCACCAAACAAGCCAAUGCCUCUUCCACGCAGGCCCAAUGGCGCAUGCACCAUUGCUGAUCUGGGCUGUGGUGAUGCCGGUCUUGCGCGCGCUCUGACACCAUCUGCUAAGAAGUUGCAUCUCAAGCUUACUAGCUACGAUCUCCAAGCUCCGGACCCUCUCAUCACCAAGGCGGAUAUCUCCAACCUUCCCGUGGAAGAUGGAUCCGUCGAUGUAGCCAUUUUCUGUCUGAGUCUGAUGGGCACGAACUGGGUCUCUUUCGUUGAGGAGGCCUGGCGCGUGCUCCGCGGUGACGGCAAGGGUGAGUGCUGGGUCAGUGAGGUGAAGAGUCGUUUCGGCAAGGUCAACCGCAAGAAGUCUCAGAUCGGAGCUCAGAAGCCCCUUAGCAAGACCGAGCAAAAGAAACAAAAGAAGAAGCAAGACGAAGAAGAGAUUGACGAGGCGGACAUCUUUGCUGAGGAUGCUCGCCCGGCUGCUACUGAUGAUGAGACGGAUAUCACUGCCUUUGUCGAGGUCUUCCGUAGUCGUGGAUUUGUACUGAGACCCGAAUCGUUGGAUAAGUCCAACAAGAUGUUUGUGAGAAUGGAAUUUGUGAAAUCUAGUGGUGCGCCGUUUAAGGGUAAGCAUACUUCAGCUGCUCCUGCGGCGGCUGCGGCUGCUGGAAAGAAGCGAUUUGUGGACAAGAAGCCUGAGAAUGGCAUGACAGAGGAGCAGGAGGCUCAGGUUUUGAAGCCUUGUGUGUAUAAGAUUCGCUAG